AUGAAAUUGGAGGAGGCGGUCGUGGUUCGUGAUUGGGAGAGUAAAGAGGUGGCAGGUGUAGAUGUAGUUGGUGCAGAUGAUAGGCGACAACGGCUUAGCGUAAUUGCAGCUUCGAGUAACACCAAAAUAGGUGACGAGGGGAUAUUGUUGCUCAGUGAGGCUGGUGCGCCGCUUAGAUCCUGGCCGCUACAUACUUUACGCCUGCUCGCCGACUUGCCGGACGGGACGCUGAGUGUGGAGGCGGGCGGGGAGACACUUACGUGGCGGUGCGUUGAGGAGGCGGCGCGGCGGGCCGUGUCGCGCGCGCUGGGCGGGGUGGGCGGCGGGGCGGUUGCCGGGGCGGGUGGGGAGCUGGGUGGGGCAGCGCUGGGCGCGCUGCUGGAUGACGCAGCGGCCGACGAGCCAGACGCGGAGCAGUGGGUGCGGCGUCUGGCCGAGCGAUUGGCGCGCCUCGACGCGCUCAACGUGGCCGGUAUGCUGGCGGCGGCCACCGAGGGUGGUGGCCAGCGCCUCGCCGAACGACUCGAGGCGGGUGGUGCGGCGGGCGCGGCGCUGACGGGGCGGCUGGCGCGCUACGAGGCGUGCGUGCGGGGCGGCGGGGCGGCGGGCGGGGCGGGCGGCGGCGCGGGCGGCGGGGCGGCGGGCGUGCCGGCGCGCGGGGAGGCGGCGCGCGCCGGCGCGUCCGCGCGCGCUCUGCUGCAGCACCUGCAACAACUCUACCGCUGGCUCGACGCGCCGCAGCUGCAGCAUCUCGACUCACUCUCCGAGAUUUCGCUGGCGACGGCAGAGGGGCGCGCAAGUGCGCUGGAGGCAGCGGAAGCGCUGCGCGCGGCGCUGCGGGGCGGCGCGGAGGGCGGGGCGGGCGGCGGGGCGGGCGGCGGGGCGGGCGGCGGGGCGGGCGGCGCGGCGCUGCGGCUGGGCGCGGUGCGCGAGCGGCUGCGGCGGCUGGGGCGCGCGCGCGACGCGCUGGCGGCGGCGCUGGCGCGGCACCUCAACAACGCGCUCAUCCACCUGGGCAACCUGGGCAGCGCGGCGCACGAGCCCGGCCCGCCCGACCUCCGCGACCAGCGCCGCCACCACGCGCACCUGCUGCCCUACGCGCCCUUCAUGCGCUGGCUCAAGGACAUGGACGACAAGGCCUACGACGGACUCGUUAAGGUGUACGUGGGCACGUGGGCGCGCGUGCACGAGCGCACCGUGCGCGCGGCCUGCGAGAGCGCGCGCACCGCGCUGGCCACCGCGCCGCCCGAGCGCGCCGACCAGCUGCUAGACGAGGUAUUAAAUUUGGUAGAGGAACUUUGCAACGCGGAGCAAGAUUUUUGCACGCAGUUCUUUCACCUUGACGUUGAUGUUAAGGCUGAGAGUAGUGACGGCGACGGUGAGAAGAGCGAGAGCGGCGAACGUGGUGAAGUGCCGCGUAAAUGUGGCGCGGAGACGCGGCGCUUCAUGAGCGAGUUGUUUCCCACACUGGACAGCGAGCUGGUGGCGCUGGUAGCGCACAUUGAGCGCAGCGAUCCUUACGGCGCGAUGCGCGCGCUGGCGUGCGCGGGGCGGCGCGUGCUGGGCGAGGGCGCGGGGGCGGCGGGCGAGGCGGGCGGCGGGGCGGGCGGCGCGGCGGGCAGCGGGGCGGGCGGCGCGGCGGGCGGCGGCGCGGGCGGCGGGGCGGGCGGCGGGGCGGGCGGCGGCGCGGGCGGCGGGGCGGGCGGCGGGGCGGGCGGCGAGGAGGCGCGCUGGUGGCGCGGCGCGCUGGCCGGCGUGGCGGUGGCGGCCAAGCGCGGCGCCGACCGCGCCGUGGCCGAGCGCCUGGCCGCACUGCCCGACGCCGUCAAACAGGCGGCACGGCGACCCAAGUGCGGUGUGCUGUCGUUUGUACCGGAGCUGGAACAGAUGGCGGCGGAGUGCGAGGCGAUCUUCGCGCGUGGUGGCCGGCGCGCCGAUCUCGAGCGCUGGUACCUGGCGCUGGGCACCGCCAUGCUGCGCGCCAUCCAGCGCGCCGAGCACCCGCGCACCCCGCGCGCCGUCGUGCACAUGGAGAACUACCACCGGCUGCACGGCGCCGUGAGCUCGCUGCGCGCGCCCGCGCUGGACGCGCUGCGCCGCGAGUGCCGCGCGCGCUACGCCGACGCGCUGCGCGCCUACGUCACGCAGUACUUCGGCCGCCCGCUCGACAAGCUCGCGCAGUUCUUCGAGGGCGUGGCGGAGGCCGUGGCGUCGGGCGUGCGCGAGGACGAGGUGUGCUACCGCGCCGCCUUCAGCAAGCACGAGCUGCGCCGCCUGCUGGCCAUGUACCCGGCGCACGAAGUGCGCAAGUCGCUGCACCGGCUGUACCGCACGGUGGAGAAGCACCUGAGCGAGGAGGGCGGCCUGCUGCAGGUCGUGUGGCGCGCCAUGCAGGAGGAGUUCAUCGCGCAGCACGUCGCUCUUCAGGCACGAAUAGCGGCGUGUUACCCGGGUGCCGGGUUGACGCUGCCGCUCAGCACGCAGGACAUACUCGACGCCUUCUCGGACAUCGCGCGCGAGCACUGA